GCGAAAAGGAGAAAUAGAAACCCUACGAUUCGUGAAGCUAAAACCCUUGUGGCAUUCGCAAGAUCUCUUCGUGUGAUUCUCAGAGAAAUGGCAUGGCGUGGUUCGAUCUCCAGGACAUUGAUGUCCGCCACAAGAAAUUCAUCCUUCCGCUCUACUCCGCCGCCCCUCCCUCGCCUCCGUCCUCCUCAGGCUUCCGCUCCCCGCGUCCACUCCAGCCGCCUCCGUAACCCUAGGACCUUGGGAGAAUUAGGAUGCGCUCAAUCUCUGAUGCCGAUGGUUGCCGGAGCGCGGCUGACGUCUCACCUCACUGUCAAUGUGCGCGCGUUCUGCGAGCUGUCUCAUGGAUUGAAUGGAAAAGAUGGGUGAUUUCAAGCAAUUUCAAGCAUCAAAAGGCACUACAGACAUACAACAUUGUACUUGAGUGGUGAUUGGUUAGGCAAAGCUUUUUAAGAGGCAUUGAUAGUAAGUGGGUUCAUUGGAUGGAGCAGUUUCUGUGUUUGGAAUUGGAACAUUUAAUAAGAUUUAGAUGUUUUUACAUCUUUUUUCACCCUUUGGGCAACCUAAGGAUUGGUUUUUUGAGACAUUUCAUGUAUAUUAUUUUUAGUUAAUGUCAUUUAUAUUUGGAUUUUUAAACCAUGUUUCUUAGUUGUUUUAUUUUUUUGCAAUUGUAUUGUUUGUGAUUGAAGGAUAUGAUCAAAUUUAUAUUCAUAUACUCAAAGGCACUUACCACAUCGAUUGAGGUGCUUUUUUUCAAGAAAA